UGAAAGAGCACAGCUACGAGAAUUAACCAAUGAAGACGGAGCAUUUCGGAGGUUUUCCGCUUUCCCCGAAGUUCUUGACAGAUCCGACUUCAGAUUGAGAGAAUUCAAGAUGGCUGCUACAGGUUCUAAGUAAAGAGCCAACUCACCUUGACCUCACUGUGUAUGAAGCUGUCCUUGGGUGGCAGUGUUGCAGUGCAAGUACCACAUUCCUCAGCUCCACUUCCCUCUCAUCAUGUCCUCCACCUCUUCCUCCUACUCCUCCUCAGGGGAGACUAGUCCGGAGGAUGUACCCCGAGGUGGGGGCACCAUCCGCGUCUACCUCCCCAACAAACAGAGGACAGUGGUGAAUGUUCGCCAAGGACAGACUGUGCACGAGAGUCUAGAUAAAGCGCUCAAAGUGAGAGGCCUAAGCCAAGACUGCUGUGCUGUAUUCCGCCUUCUAGAAGGUCGUAAGAGACUGACAGACUGGGACACCAACAUCACUCCUCUGGUUGGAGAAGAGCUUUUAGUUGAGGUCCUGGAUGAUAUUCCUCUCACCAUGCACAACUUUGUACGGAAAACCUUCUUCAAGCUAGCUUACUGUGAUUUUUGCCACAAGUUUCUUUUUAAUGGCUUCAGAUGUCAAACAUGCGGCUACAAAUUUCACCAGCACUGUAGUAGCAAGGUCCCUACUGUGUGCGUGGAUAUGGAUACUGUGAGCAAACGGUGUGAUCCUAAUCCUUGCACAGAUGAGUACCCACAGAUACUAUUGCCAGAAAAUUCCCCAUCACAGAGCAACCUAGCCUUAACCCCAGAGCCUGCUGGGAUGGACCUCUUGUCCCCAACCUCUGCCUUUCGGUUCCCCAUGCCUGGUGGAGAUGGCCAGUCUCUACAGAGGCAUCGCUCCACCUCCACUCCCAAUGUUCACAUGGUCAGCACAGUGGGCCCUGUUGGUGCCAGCAUCAUAGAGGAAGCACUGAAAUUCAACAACAUGAUGGGUCCUGAGCCCUCACCAAAGCCUUCCACCAGCCCACCUUCUUCUCUCGGCUCUCCAGGUAGGAGACCACCAAAGUCCCCUUCAGAGCACAAGGAACGCAAGCCCUCCUCAUCUGAUGACAAAAAGAAAGUGCACCGAGGGGGCUACAGAGACUCAAGUUACUAUUGGGAGGUUCACUCUCGAGAAGUUACCAUCCAGAAGAGAAUAGGUGCUGGCUCCUUUGGAACAGUCUUUAAAGGGAAGUGGCAUGGGGAUGUGGCAAUCAAGAUCCUUAAAGUCACCGAGCCGACGCCUGAGCAGUUACAAGCCUUCAAAAAUGAAAUGCAGGUGUUACGAAAGACCCGCCACGUCAACAUCCUGCUAUUCAUGGGCUACAUGACUAAGCCCAAUUUUGCCAUCAUCACACAGUGGUGUGAAGGCAGCAGCCUGUACCGCCAUCUGCAUGUCACAGAAACCAAGUUUGACACUAUGCGGCGCAUAGAUGUGGCCAGACAGACAGCACAGGGCAUGGAUUAUCUUCAUGCAAAGAACAUAAUUCAUCGAGAUCUGAAAUCAAACAAUAUUUUUCUCCAUGAGGGCUGGACUGUUAAGAUCGGUGAUUUUGGCUUGGCCACAGUGAAGUCUCGGUGGAGUGGCUCUCAACAGGUGGAACAGCCCAGUGGAUCCAUUCUCUGGAUGGCUCCAGAGGUAAUCCGGAUGCAGGACACCAACCCAUACACAUUCCAGUCUGAUGUCUAUGGCUACGGAGUAGUGCUGUUUGAGCUGAUGUCAGGGACCUUGCCUUACUCCAAUAUCAACAACAGAGACCAGAUAAUCUUUAUGGUUGGACGCGGUUACUUGUCUCCAGACCUCAGUAAGCUGUAUAGUACCUCACCGAAGUCAAUGAAAAGGCUGAUCAUUGACUGCCUGAAGUUCAAACGUGACGAGAGGCCCCUGUUUCCACAGAUCCUGGUGGCCAUUGAGCAGGUGCAAGACCUACUGCCAAAAAUCGAGCGAAGUCGCUCUGAGCCAUCGCUUCAUCGGGCCGUCCACGCUGAAGACCUGAAUCCUCUCCUGUUCCACACCACCAGGCUGAUGCCCCUCUAAACUCCUUGCAGCACUGGGCAGAGAGGCUGUCACCCUGUCCAAAGCCACAGCCUCCCUGUGCCUCAGAGAGGCUACAGUUGGCUGUCCUGACAGACCAUGACCCCCAACUCGCUCUCUGCCCCUGCAGAGGCCUGGAGCCGCACCACUCAGCACAAAACUCAGUAACAAACUGCAGAAAUAACCUUAACAUGUUGCUUAGUGAUAGUGUAUGUUUUUCCUUUUAUAAAAAUUGCUCAUUAAGUGAAAGAAUGGUCUAGAAAUAUGUUCAAAUGUCUUGAAUCAGGCCACCUGAGAAAAUUCAUCAAACUGGUUGACUUGCAUUGCCCAUUUUCACCAGUAAAAUAGUCUCACUUGGACCUUUGAGGAGCACUGUGAUCAUAGUCAAAAAUCUGCUGUGGCUGUAGGUUCAGGUCACCUGAUUAGCUUACAUACUUCAAAUGCUCAGUGGUCAUGCGCGCCUUUCAGUGCAAGGCAAUUUAAUUGGGGUUGGAGAUCUGAGAUGUGAAGCACUGAUUUUGAAUGCGGACUGGGUGCCUGUUUGAGAAUGACAGGACAUUUUGUCUCAAUGGGAACCUCCAGUAUUUACUUAAUAUUUCACUCAUAAAAUACAUCGAUGGGCAAGCAAAGUAUUCAACCACAACAACGAACCAAUGUAAGGAGGCAGAGGAAGAUAGCGCUCUAACAAUUAGAAGCCUAGAAUAAGUCAGCAACUUCAUACACUGAACUAUGGGGAGAGGUCUAGUAAAAAAUAUAAUGAAAAAUGGUUACCUUGCUGUAACUGUCGCUGCACAUACCAGUUGGAAGGCUUGGAAAACAGUAAAAUGGUGGAUCUUUGCAAAUCAAAAUGACCUUGUCUUUCAACACUUUAGAAUAGCUUAUAUCUCUUUUACACCAGGUUGAUGCUGAUGCCGGUGCCAGUAAAGAACUGGCUCCUUUUGAGAACUGGCCCACAUUUCAACAGGUUUGAGAACCAAACGUUAUUUAGUUCACACUCGAUACCAGUUGGUGGGAGUUCAUGCAGCAGUUCAUCAUUUGCCAGCCUUUCUGCUGCUACUUUCACUCAUGUUUUUCAAAAUGGGGAAGGUUUUCUUGUGGUAGCCCCUUAAAUAGCCACUAACAUCAGUGGUUCCAACUUUUGGACCAGCAAUUUUAUGGAGCUGUGUUGGUGCCAGCUUUUUGGCACUGGCACCAGACUUUUCUUAGUGGAAAUGUGUAGAGCUGGUUCUAAAUUCAGCACUGGCAGGUCAGUGGUGGAAAAGGGAAAUUAUAUUGAUAGAUAUUCUCAGCAGCACUCCAUUGUAUUUUAAAUCACCAAGCUCAUUUUGAACUGCACUUUCCAUUGAUGUUGCAAUGCACUAAUAAAAAGUCAAAUGCCAAGAGAGCAUUUGACCUAUGGAAGUUGAACAGCUGACCCAGCAGGACCAGAUAGAUCCAAAUCAACACAUGUGUCUGUUACCACACUGUUGUACAGGGGUAGAGGUAUGCAUUCUAACUUACUUUAUCCUCUAGUCUUAAACCUUAUUAAUUGGGAACAAUGUAACAUGCCAAGUUUAACUGGUUUCAGUAAUUUUCUUCAAAAUAUCUAAAAACCAAAAAACAGUAAUACUAUCCAUUCCUAAGUGUGCUAUCCAACAAAUUGAUUUCAUUUCUUUAUCUGACUCCACAGGAAUUUCUUUCAGCUUUUGUAAUAAGUUCAGCUUGAAUACAGGUAUAAUUCGUUAGGACCAAGUUGAAAUAUUACAAGUUUUCGAAGUGUUCCCACACAUUAUAUUUUUAGCAGUGCAGGGAAGACAUCACAUCAUAUAUAUCAUCACAGGGCUAUUAACACCCAUUAGAAUAUUAAAAUGUUGAUAAGAUUUUUACAAAAAUUCAGAUAGGGAUUCUCAGUAGACCACUACCUUGGUGUUGAUCGAUUCUGGAACUACUAACUGUUUCAUGUGUUUGUCUACCCUCAACGCAGUGACAAACACAUUUACAUAUGAGUCACACACCUUAACAUCUCUCAUCAGAGAACAGUGUCAAAUUGAAGGAACUCUCAAGAAACAUGGAACUCUAAAGGCUCUUUAUUUCAGAUUCCUUUUUACUGGUUUAAAAUCAGAACGCCAUCAUGCUUCAGAUAGCAGGAUUGCAGAUGACUUGGCUUUCACUUAGUUGUAGCCUAAUGAGGAAUUGACAGAUCUUAGUAAGAUACAGUGUUAAUGUAAAUGGUUAGUUUUAUUGCUGCUACAUUUAGUGACUUGCUGUUGAGUUUUUUCAUCUAGAAGAUGAGACUCACUUUGACCAGAGUCCACCUUAAUGGUCUCAAAUGUUGCACAAUGAAUUACUAUAUUUCACACAAUUAUGCCCCUACGCAUACGCAUACACACACAAAGUAGUACUAUGAUUGCUGAGGAUACACUGUGACUAACAUUGUAAAUGGUUGCUUUGGUUUGGAAACGCUGUUGGAAGUGUGAAUAAUGAUUUGCAGACACUAAUGGGCUUACCAAACUACAAAUUAAUUAGGCCAUACUACAUGUCUUCAGACCAUGCCUAAAGCAUGAAAAGGGGCUUUUACCUGUUAAGAAUGGCCACAGACAGAGGUAUAGCAUCAUAGCACCCUCCUAGCAGCAUCCCACUGCCUCCCUGAUCUUUCUCCAAGAAUUUUGGCCCUUCAGUCUUGUUGUGUUGAUAGUCUUUAGUGAGUCAGUGUGGCUUUUAUGAGAUUCAUUCGUAUGCAAACUUUGCAUGUUCACCUUGUGCUAGUAUAUUCUUUUUAAUGCUUAAUUAUUAAGAGUAAUUCAUGCGUAGAGGCAGUGUAUGCCAACCUGUUGUGUCACUGUUAUGGAAUGGGAAUCCAGAGCAUUUCCCUGUCCUCUGGGAGUGUUUUCGUGGCUUUCAAGUCUUGUCCAUCCAUACUCCACAUCUUUUCCUGCUCUCACCUCUAGAAAAGAAUCAACAAACCAAACAGUUACUUGUUUAUCAUGUUGUUCACAGUGUUAUCUUUGGGUUACGUCUAUCUAGUUUCUGUUGUCUUUUGACUAACCUGAUUAGUGGACUAGCAAGUGCGGCAGAAACUUCCAAUAACCUUCUAAUAAACAUCGAUGUAUAAUGGCAUUAGCUGAAAUGGUUAGAAUAAAAUGCCUUAUAAAUCUACUCUGAUCAGCCACAACAUUAAAUCUCAUAUUGUGUAGGAUCCCUUGUGCCGCUGACCUGUCAGGGUAUGGACAUGGUAUGGACCUUUGCGGGUAUCCUGUGGUGUCUGGCACUGGGACAAUGGCAGUGGAUCCUUUGCAUCAUGUGGAUUACUGCUUGGGGCUUCCAUGGAUUUGGCUUGUUCAAGUGCAUCCCACAGGUGCUUGAUCAGAUUGGGAUCUAGGGAGUUUGGGACAAUGCCUCAGGCUCUUUUUCAUGUACCUCAAGCUAUUUAGCAGUUUUUGCAGUGUGGUGGGUGCAUUGUCUUGCUGGGGGAAGCAGCUACUGUCAGGAAGUACUGUUGCCGGGGGGAGGUGUUAUUGGUCUGCAGCAAUGUUUAGGUGGGUAGUACAUGUCAAGUUAACAUCCAGAUGAAUACAAGGACAGGACGAGGUUUCCCAGCAGAACAAUGUAUUUUAACAAGCGGUUUCAAUGUUGUGGCUGAUCAGUGUAUAAGAUGAGGCCACAGCUGCAUGAGGACCUUCUUAAGAAAUGACAGGGGACCUGCAAUGUUGUGUGGUGCCUUUUGGCAUGGUUUUAUUUUUGAGGUCAGUGUCUCUGCUGUAUUAUGAGUAUGGGUUGACAAUGGGAAGGCCUCAGGAUUCAUCAUGUAGUGCUGAGGUUGUGGGAUAUGACUACCUGUGCCUCGUUGAUAGGGGUAUAGAUUUUUGUGAAACACUGCACCCAUUUAGAGAAAAAUGCAUCAUGGGAUUUAAGUUAUCACAGGGAAUAGGUAUUUGGGGACAGGCGGAUUCCUACCAUCCCAUGCACAAGCACUAUACACCAAUGAGGAACCAUCAAAAGUGUACAGGGAGGAUGGACUUUGCUAAAUAGUUUCUUCCAUCUGUGACACUAGUGGGGAGUACUGUAUUUCUUGAAAGUUUUUCUGUUGCUGGCCCUGGUCUACCGAUGUUAAUAAUUCCAGUUAGGCUUCAACAGAAUGUCUCGUGACAUCUGCUUUGUAUUCUCAGAUAUGCUUUCAGUGGAAAUUGACAUGCCUAAAGUCAUCAGAUGUUUAAAGAAAAAUAGAGGCCAUGCCUGUUCAGUCAAGAAGUUUUAAAAAAUUGAUACAGAACCUUUGGCUUCUCCAGUUGACAGUGUGCUAUCAGUGGCAUCAGCAGAGUAACGCAUUCAUGUUGAUUAAAGUUUCUGUCAAUAGAUUCACACCUGUUACUGUAUGCACAUGAGUGUGGCUGUCAGUAUAUUCACACUUGUGUGCUGUUGACCAGGAUCUAAUUCCAGUUGCUCAAGGAGACAUAGAUAGUACUCAGCCUAGUUAGGUUUCCAUCUAAUUUUUUUUAUGUUUAUCCUGGUUUUGGGUAGGCAAACAAUACAUAGAAGUACCAAUUUGGAUAAUGAUAAUUGUUUCUAUGGUUUUAUCAACAGUUCACCGAGUAGUAAUGGAAUUGAUGAUUGUUAGAUUGUUUUCUCAGCUGAUAAAAUUUCUGUUUUUGUUCAUAGAAGUUUGAUAUUGUUUGUCUAGUUUUCCAGUUUUAUCCAGCCUCUGGCCAUGGUAUCCAUUGAAACUCCAAUAAUCCCCAUUGCUGUUGCACAGCUAACAGUGCCUCUUUUUUGGCUUGAUUGUUCAGACACAGAUAGUGAGUUAAGGGCAAUACCUUCCUUCUGAUUAUUAGAACUCUGGAUUAUCAUAGACACAGACAUGGUUUUGUAGAUGUUUUAUAUUUCCAUUGCACUCUCCUGUGUGUUACCGGUCUUUUUCCUGGAUUUAAAAGUAACAAUUGAGGUAACUACUAUAUUUUUUGUUUAUAAAAAAGAAAAAGUAGCCAGUUGAGUGUCUGUCUGUCAUGGUUUUUAAUGUCACACUUGAGUGUAAAUGGACUAGCAGCAGCUGUGAGGGUCACGUCUGCUGGUGUUGACAGUUAUAUGGCUGUCAUCUUCUGUAUGUGAUGUAACUGAGCAUGAAGUGGAACAGAUCUUAAUAUUUGUGUUAGUCAUUAAUGAAAUGACAGCAAAUCAGACGUUUAACCCUUGAAAUUUUAAUGUUGUGAAACUAGGGGCUGGGAAUCCUAAAUAUUAUUUUGGUGGAUCAUGGUUAGGGGACAUUGGUUUUAUUAGCUGGGUUUGGGGUUGGCAUUUAUGAACCAGGGUUGGGAAAGACUCUCCUUCUGUCUUUCUCUUAUUUAUUGACAUCGAUUGAUUGAUAUUCUCAUCUGCAACCACAGCUCUUUUGAUGGAUUUUUAGAGCGAGAGAUCACUGUCAACAUUUAUAUCAUUGUGUCUCUAACAAGAAUGUUCUUUUGAGCAUGGUACUGUCUGAUCCUUCAAAUGACCUUUAUUCUGAUAUCGUUUACUGCAGCAGAAUUUGUAACAGCUAUACUUAUACACAUCUUGAGAACAAACUAGUUUGAGAACAAACUUUUUAACAACAGUUUUUUAAAUAGGGUUUCACUACGAUAGCAUUUAUUAAUGGCAACAAUAACAAAAUGAAAGUACCUUGUUAUUUUGGUGGUGUGAAUUGAAACUUGAGCCUGUUCUGUGAUAUCUAGUUAUAGUCUGUAAGUAUUUGAGUUGCCUAAGGCUGCUGAAUGGAACAAUCCUAUCUUCUCUAAACGAGCUGCUUUAUAUAACCUUUGAGCAAUAACAAGGACAGAAUGUCUUUUUAAAAUUUCCAUAAUGCUAGAUCAGGAAUGCUUUACAAUAACGUUGGACCAGGUUUCCUGUGAAUCAGUGAGUGCAACACCACUCAGAGGAACUUGCUGCAGUGGGGGACUCUUUAUUUGCCUGUUUAGUUUUUAGUGUGGACUGUCAAAGACAGACUGUGUUCAUCUGGUAUCAAAAGGACGGGGGAGGCCACAAUUACUGGAAAUCCCUUUUAAAAUGGACCUGAAUGGCUUCAUGACACAUACAAGAUACUGUGCUGCCUGGCUGCCUCUGGAGACUCUGGGGCACUCUGAGGGGAAAAACCUGUCUUAACACAGCUGUUUGUCUCAGAAGAGAAGAGGAUGAGAGCUGUAUCAGAGUAGUUUUGUGUGUGUGUGUGUGUGUGUGUGUGUGUGUGUGUGCGCGUGCGUGUGUGUCUUUGUCUUUUCAUAUCUGUAGGUGAAUUAUAAUACAUGUGUUUAUAGUUUAUGAGGUGUCAGGGUUGUUCAGUUUGCAAUAAAUGGUAUAUUCUGCUGUGUACAGUUACAUUUUUUAAUUACAAAAGUUUUACUUGUUUCUAUUUUUUGUGAUGGUUUCAAAAAGAGCAAAAUUAUUUUAAAGUGUAAAGGAAAUCUUAGUAUUUUUUUAGUGUUUUGUCUUAAAGUAUUGAUGCAGGAUUUAUUCUUUAAAUAAAUAAAUUCUUCUGUGUUA